AGAGCGAAGAUAGAUCGGACCAGCCCAUCGUCAGAUGGAGAGGGGGGGAAGAAAACAGAGGCGCUGAAACGGAGCGCGCGGAGAAGAUUUGUGAAAGAAAGCGGUAUCAGUUCACAGAAGCGGGAAAAAAAGACUCUUCUGUUCAUACAUAAAAAACCUUGUGUGAGAUUCAGCAGCAUGUCAGCGAAGGCCAUCUCUGAGCAGACAGGGAAGGAGUUCCUGUACAAGCACAUCUGCACCACAGCUGUGGUGCAGAACCGCUUUCGCUACGCUAAUGUCACUGCAGCAACCGACUGGGAGCGACUGGUCCAGGAGCAUCCAUGGCUGCGGACUGAGAGAUUGGUUGUGAAGCCAGAUCAGCUGAUCAAGCGCAGAGGGAAGCUGGGAUUAGUAGGCGUCAACCUUGAUUUACAGGGCGUCAAAGAAUGGCUCAAACCCCGCCUUAUGAAAGAGACCAUGGUGGGGAAGGCGAAAGGUAUUCUGAAGAAUUUCCUCAUAGAGCCCUUUGUUGCCCAUAAGCAGGAAGAAGAGUUUUAUGUGUGUAUUUAUGCAGCCCGGGAGGGUGACUACGUGCUCUUCCAUCAUGAGGGAGGUGUUGAUGUCGGUGAUGUGGACUCUAAAGCUCAGAAGCUCCUGGUGGGCGUAGAUGAGAAGCUCGAUCUGGAUUCAGUGAGACAGAAACUCCUCACACACGCCCCACAAGACAAAAAAGACGUUCUGGCUAAUUUCCUGGUGGGUUUGUUUAACCUGUACGAGGACUUGUACUUCACCUACCUGGAGAUCAACCCACUGGUGGUGACUAAGGAUGGAGUGUAUGUGUUGGACAUGGCUGCUAAGAUCGAUGCUACAGCUGAUUACCUCUGCAAGGCUAAAUGGGGUGAUGUGGAGUUUCCUCCUCCUUUUGGCAGAGAGGCGUAUCCUGAGGAAGCAUAUAUAGCAGACUUGGAUGCUAAAAGUGGUGCAAGUUUGAAACUCACUCUACUCAACCCUCGUGGACGCAUCUGGACCAUGGUGGCAGGCGGCGGAGCCUCGGUUGUGUAUAGCGAUACGAUCUGCGACCUGGGUGGAGUUAAUGAGCUGGCCAAUUAUGGAGAGUAUUCAGGAGCUCCAAGCGAGCAGCAGACCUACGACUAUGCCAAGACGAUCCUGUCCCUAAUGACCCGCGAGAAACAUCUUGAUGGGAAGGUGCUGAUCAUUGGAGGAAGCAUCGCAAACUUCACUAAUGUAGCUGCAACCUUUAAGGGUAUUGUCAGAGCAAUCAGAGACUAUCAGGAGCCUCUGAAGGAACAUGAGGUCACCAUUUUUGUACGACGUGGAGGUCCAAACUAUCAGGAGGGUCUGAGAGUGAUGGGAGAAGUGGGGAAGACCACAGGUAUCCCCAUUCAUGUCUUCGGCACCGAGACCCAUAUGACUGCCAUCGUUGGCAUGGCACUGGGGCACCGACCAAUCGCCUCUCAGCCACGUGUUGCUGCCCACACUGCCAACUUCCUGCUUAACACCAGCGGCAGCUCUUCAACUCCGUCCUCCAGCAGAACUGCAUCUUUCUCAGAAGUCAAGUGUGGAGCAGAGUCUUCACCUGCAAAAAAGGCUAAACCAGGAGCUCGGCCAGUGAAGGCCACCACUCUGUUCAGCAUGCACACGAAGGCCAUCGUGUGGGGCAUGCAGACCCGCGCCGUCCAGGGAAUGCUGGACUUCGACUAUAUAUGCUCUCGUGAGCAACCUUCUGUAGCAGCCAUGAUCUACCCCUUUACUGGAGACCACAAGCAGAAGUUUUACUGGGGACACAAGGAAAUAUUAUUGCCGGUCUACAAAAACAUGUCAGAUGCCAUGAAGAAACAUCCAGAAGUGGACGUCCUGAUUAGCUUUGCCUCUCUCCGUUCUGCCUUCGACAGCACUAUGGAGACAUUACAGUACCCACAGAUUCACACUAUCGCUAUUAUAGCUGAGGGAAUCCCUGAAGCUCUGACACGCAAGAUCAUUAAGAAAGCAGAUGAGCAGGGUGUCACCAUCAUUGGCCCAGCGACGGUUGGAGGAAUAAAGCCUGGCUGUUUUAAGAUCGGAAACACAGGUGGAAUGCUCGACAACAUUCUGGCAUCCAAGCUGUACAGGCCAGGCAGCGUGGCCUACGUCUCCCGCUCUGGGGGAAUGUCCAAUGAGCUCAACAACAUCAUCUCCCGCACCACUGAUGGAGUUUACGAAGGUGUAGCCAUUGGAGGAGACAGAUACCCAGGUUCAGUAUUCACAGACCAUGUGUUGAGGUACCAGGACACACCUGAUGUGAAGAUGAUUGUUGUGCUUGGAGAGAUUGGUGGUACAGAGGAAUAUAAGAUCUGUCAGGGCAUUAAAGAGGGAAGGAUCACUAAGCCCGUGGUUUGCUGGUGCAUCGGCACUUGUGCUACCAUGUUUUCCUCUGAGGUACAGUUCGGCCAUGCCGGGGCGUGUGCAAACCAGGCCUCUGAAACGGCAGUGGCCAAGAACAAGGCGCUCCAAGAGGCUGGAGCUUUUGUCCCCAAGAGCUUUGAUGAGCUAGGAGAAGUCAUAAAAUCAGUGUAUGAUGACUUGGUGAGCCGUGGUGUGAUUGUGCCAGCUAAAGAAGUCCCCCCUCCCACUGUGCCAAUGGACUAUUCUUGGGCAAGAGAACUUGGUCUGAUCCGUAAGCCAGCAUCCUUUAUGACCAGUAUCUGUGAUGAAAGAGGGCAGGAGCUGAUCUAUGCCGGGAUGCCCAUCACAGAGGUCUUCAAGUCAGAGAUAGGUCUGGGAGGAACCUUAGGUCUUCUCUGGUUCCAGAGAAGGUUACCCCGAUACGCAUGUCAGUUCAUAGAGAUGUGUUUGAUGGUGACUGCGGAUCACGGUCCUGCCGUUUCUGGAGCUCAUAAUACCAUCGUGUGUGCUCGUGCAGGAAAGGAUCUCAUCUCCAGCCUCACAUCUGGUCUUCUUACCAUCGGUGACCGGUUCGGUGGGGCUCUGGAUGCUGCUGCUAAGCAGUUCAGCAAGGCUUUUGACAGCGGCAUGCUGCCCAUGGAGUUUGUCAACAAGAUGAAGAAAGAUGGCAAACUGAUCAUGGGCAUUGGACACAGAGUCAAAUCUAUCAAUAAUCCUGACAUGAGGGUGCAGAUCCUGAAGGAUUUUGUCAAGCAGCACUUUCCUUCUACCCAGCUCCUUGAUUAUGCACUGGAUGUGGAAAAAAUCACCACCUCCAAGAAACCCAACCUCAUCCUGAACGUAGACGGCUUUAUUGGCGUGGCGUUCGUGGAUCUGCUCAGAACAUGUGGAGGCUUUACUCGCGACGAGGCAGAUGAGUUUGUGGAGAUCGGAGCACUGAACGGGAUCUUCGUCUUAGGACGCAGCAUGGGCUUUAUUGGCCACUAUCUGGACCAGAAGCGGCUGAAACAGGGUCUAUACCGUCACCCAUGGGAUGACAUCUCCUAUGUCCUGCCUGAACACAUGUCCAUGUAACCAUGGAAACCAUCAGCCUAUUAUCACCACUUCAAUCACUUUUGACCUCUGGGGGAUGGUCAUGUCUUUUCGUCCUCAACAGCUUAAUUGUGAAUGUGUCGUCGUGCUUUAUUACUCCGUCCAUUAGUCCGGUGAUAGAAAAUGUGAGUAAUGCUGUGAAAACGUUGAUCACGUAGUAGAAUAAUACGGAACAAUAAUUUACACUUAAAAUGAAAAUGAUUACAGUUCACUUAGGCUGUUGAUGAGUGUUCGUGAGUCUCUCUCUCUCUUUAGAUAAUGAUGUCUUUCUGCAGCUUUCGGUGAAAAGAGCUACCAAUUUGUCAUAAGCAGCCAACUAGUGCAAUAACUAACUACAUUUAGAGACUGAUAAGUUGCUAUUUUUGAAAAUGGCUAAAUGUUACUAUUUUUGAUGUAUUUUUAAAAAAAUUCUCUGUGCCAGGGCAUUGUCCAUAAAGUUUACACGCCAUCUGUCAUGUGCCAGUCUAAAUGUAACAUUGGUAAUAUACUAUCUGGAUGUUUUACAAAAAAAACCUGUAUAAUAUGUGGUGCCAUUCCAUUUAAUUAUUUAUUUUUUUACAUCUAAAUUAAGGUAGGUCUGUGUCCAAGAAUUGUAAAUUAUAUCAGCCCACAUCCAGCUCUAACUGUGAAUUAACGAAGUGUGUAUGAUUGUGCGUAAUAAAAUAAAUAGAAAUCAGUUCCUGACUUGCACUGUACGCUCUGUAGUCUGUUGUCUUUCAUUUGUUUUUUUAUUAGUAAAUCAUUUGCUCGUGGUUAACAGUCUGAAGAGUCCACAAGAGGGCGCUGGUAUUCCAGUCGCCUCCAUACUUCAUACCGACCAGGCAUAACCUUAUGACCACCUGCCUAAUACUGUGUUGGUACCCCUUGCACUGUGUAUUCUGACACCUUUCUAUCAGAACCAGCAUUAACUUCUUCAGCAAUUUCAGCAACAGUAGCUCAUCUGUUGGAUCAGAUCACACGGGUCAGCCUUCACUCCCCACAUGCAUCAAUGAGCCUUGGUCGCCCAUGACCCUGUCGCCGGUUCACCACUGUUCUUUCCUUGGACCAAUUUUGAUAGAUACUGACCACUGCAGACCGGAAACACCCCACAAGAGCUGCAGUUUUGGAGAUGCUCUGAUCCAGUCUAGUCAUCACAAUUUGCUCCUUGUCAAACUCACUCAAAUCCUUACACUUGCCCAUUUUACCUGCUUCUAACACAUCAACUUUGAGGACAAAAUGUUGACUUGCUGCCUAAUAUAUCCCACCCACUAACAGGUGCCAUGAUGAGGAGCUCAUCAGUGUUAUUCACUUCACCUGGCACUGCUCAUAAUGUUAUGCCUGAUCGGUGUAUGUGUCUGUUGUUUCUUUUUUCCUUAGAAUUGUGAGAGAUGGGUUGAUGAUGCAGAAUCAAACCCUUAGUGUUGAGCAGACAAAGGUGGCAGAAUGUAUUGACUCAUGAAAGAACAGGGGGCAUGGCUUUCCCAAGAGCAGCUGUGGUCACUGUUUGUAAAGCUUUCCUAUCCGAUGUUGCUUAGAACUUCACCAGGUUACACAAAGGAAGCAGAGGCUUUUGUGUUAUAGCUUUAUAAAAACUAAUCUCAAAGAUAAAUACACUUUAGACACAUGCGUUUUUGUAACACACACACUGAAAAAGCUUUUUUAUCUCUUUGAACAAAACAACAAAACUGUGGCAUAGUGACAGGCCGAAGUACAUAAUGUCUGAUGAAACACUUAAUAAAUAUAUUAAACUUUAAAAAGAAUUUGUUCGAUUUUUGGGAAAAAAAAUUCCCAUUUAAAGCAAGCAGAAUUUAAUCAGAAGCAAAAAAAUUUUUUUAAAUUUCUCUAGCACUUAAAAAAAUGCACAAAAACAGCUUUUCAGGAAAUAUAAAAAUUAAAAAAAUAAAUUAUAAAAUUUUACUCACACUCACAUUUCACUUCACAC